AUGUCCAUCCCUGGUGAGUCAGAGAUUCACAGUCUGUUUAUGGAUUUCAUUCGUGCAUUCUAUGUCAUGUUUGAAGAAGCCCGGAAUGCAAAACAACAGGAUCAACUGUUGAGACAAGUCAUUAAAUAUAAUCGUACUCGGUGGUCCACAAACGUUUUUGGAGGAUUGCAGCGGUUCUACCAAAGACGAAAUUCUCUGUCGAUCGUCAACGGCUGCAUCCUGUACUACGAACGUGUCGCGGUGCCACAGAAACUACAAGCAAGGGUCUUGAGACAGUUUCACACUGGACAUCCGGGCAUCAACCGGAUGAAGGCUCUCGCUCGCAAUUAUUUGUACUGGCCUCACAUGAACAAACAACUGGAACAGCUGGCGUCAAUGAAGGCAACACUCAAGGCCUGGCCUGUUCCACGAGCCCUAUGGUCUAGGGUCCACAUCGAUUAUGCCGGAUCGAUCAAUGGCCAGAACAACCUUAUCGCCCUUGACACAUACAACAGAUGGCCGGAAGUGAUUCUCAAACGCUUCGGCCACUAUUCAGCAGAUUUGGCUGUCCCGAAACUGUGGUGA